CUGCGGUCGGAGGACGUCCGAGAUGGCGUCCUCCGAGAGAGCUUCGCUGGAGACAGUGGCUUUAGAACAGCCGGCGGAGCUGCCUGCCUCCGUGCGGGCGGGCAUCGAGCGGAAGCGGCAGCGGGCGCUGAUGCUGCGCCAGGCCCGGCUGGCCGCCCGGCCCUACCCGGCGACGGCGGCAGCGGCUACUGGAGGUGUGGUGAAUGUAAAAGCAAACCCGAAGGUAAUUGACACAGGAGGAGGCUUCAUUUUAGAAGAGGAAGAAGAAGAGGAACAUAAAAUUGGAAAAGUUGUUCAUCUACCAGGACCUGUUAUGGAAUUUGAUUAUACAAUAUGUGAAGAAUGUGGGAAAGAAUUUAUGGAUUCUUAUCUCAUGAACCACUUUGAUUUAGCAACUUGUGAUAACUGCAGAGAUGCUGAUGAUAAACACAAGCUUAUAACCAAAACAGAAGCAAAACAAGAAUAUCUUCUGAAAGAGUGUGAUCUAGAAAAGAGAGAACCAGCUCUUAAAUUUAUUGUGAAGAAGAACCCUCACCAUUCACAGUGGGGCGAUAUGAAACUCUACUUAAAAUUACAGAUUGUGAAGAGGUCUCUAGAGGUUUGGGGUAGUCAGGAAGCAUUAGAAGCAGCAAAGGAAGUUCGACAGGAAAAUCGGGAAAAAAUGAAACAGAAGAAGUUUGAUAAAAAAGUAAAAGAAUUGCGGCGAGCAAUAAGAAGCAGUGUGUGGAAAAGGGAAACAGCUGCACAUCAGCAUGAGUAUGGACCAGAAGAAAAUGUAGAAGAUGACAUGUACCGAAAGACUUGUACUGUGUGUGGCCAUGAACUGACUUAUGAGAAAAUAUUCUCCAGCGUAGAAAAUGGCAGUUAGGAAUCUCAGUGGUAUAGAACCAAAUUAAGUCUAAACAUUCUGAUGAGCAACAGUAGGGACGGACAAAAGGGCAUGAACUAAAAGGGACUACAGGUACACAGAGUCCUGACAAAUUUGACAAUGAUGUUCUUAAUGGAAAAUCCUUGUGGCUGAAAAGAGCAGUGUUUAUUAUCUAAUCAAAGGUUCCCACAAACCUGUAAGAAGAUCUGCUGGAGCCUCUCUAUACAGUUCUUAUACCAUGGUGUUAAUACAUUGGUCCCAUCAGUUUCACAUCGUACCAAGUGCUCAGUCAAGAUCAUGAUAAAACGCUAGAAGGGGAAACGAAGAAGCAUUAGAGGGAGAAUUUCUCAGAAGCAAUUAUAUUUAUGACAAAGACCUCAAGGUAUUGUUUGCUUCACCCUGUUUUUUUGUGAUGUCUAUUCCUAACUCCUAAUUCAUUAAAUGUUGUCAAUCUAGAAAGGCAGGUUGGUGAUAAUAUGAGUUGGUAUAUACUUUCUGGCAAUAUAUAGACACUAGUGUCUAAACUGGAAACCCUGGUGGCAUAGUGGUUAAGUGCUAUGGCUGUUAACCAAAAGGUCGGCAGUUCGAAUCCACCAGGCACUCCUUGGAAACCCUAUGGGACAAUUCUACUCUGUCCUAUAGGGUCACUAUGAGUCGGAACUGACUUGAUGGAAAUGGGUUUUUUUUUUUUUUUUUUAAUUUUAUUGUGGUUUAAGGGAAAGUUUACAAAUCAAGUCAGUCUCUCAUACAAAAAUUUAUAUAUACCUUGCUAAGUACUCCUAGUUGCCUUUUUUUUUUUAAAUGUCUAAAUUAUUUACCCUAAUAAUUAUAUUUCUUGCCAUUUAUUCCAAGUAAAUAAUAACAAAUGUGAACAGGAAUCUCUGCACAAAGAUGUGCAUCAGAAAGGAAAACAAUCAGCUAAAUGCUCAACAAUGGGAACUAAACAUGAGACAAAUGCAUCCAAAAAAUAUUUUUUUAAAGCACGGGGAAAUGUUUAUGCAAGAAUGACAAGUAACAACACAGAACUGCAAUGUAUACAUGGUUACUGCUAAGGAGUGAACUUUCAGGUGACUUAAAUUUCCUUUGUAUUUUUUUUUAUUUUAAAACUCUUCUAUAAAUGGACAUGUAUUACUUUUAUUUUUAAAAAUAACAUUUUUUAAACUAAAGAAAGAUACUGUUUCCUUUUACAUAUAAUGUCCCAGGCCAGGAUACCUGAAAUAUGACAAGGAAGAGGUUCUUUUGUUCACUCUGAGCUGACUCCACUUUUUCCUGUAGCCUUUCUAUUUGCUCCUCAAGAGCCCCAUCUUUCCUGUCACUGCUUCUGUCAUCAUCAUCACUUCGCUACAGGACACAAAGGAACAAAAGGAAAACAUUAUUGAGAAGUACAACGUAUUAAAUCCUAUUAAAAAUGGAAAUUAUUUUAUGUCUGGUUAAUACUAUUUAGACUUUGUCAAAGAUCUGUUGUGGUUCCAGAUACACAGUCUUCUCACUCAGAAGUUUUAUUUAUCUCGGCCCAGAAUAUUGGAGUCCCUAGAUGGUCCAAGUGGCUAAGCACUCGACUAAUAGCUGAAAAGAUUGUUCUGAACCCACCCUGAGGUACCUCAGAAGACGGGCCUGGUGAUCUGCUUCUGCAAGGGUUUUCAGCCUUGAAAACCCUAUGGAACAGUUCUUCUCUGACACGUGGGGUCGCUAUGAGUCGGAAUCGACUCGACAGCAACUAGCAACAACAACAGAGUAUUUACCUAGGCCAGGGAAAUCUAGUUGUACCUAUCUUGGGUGACAGUGGUGGGAAAGUAUGCCAUAAAGCAGUAGUGAGCUACCUUUUUUGCAAGACAGGCCUUUUAGGAAGAAAAAGAGUGUCACAUUUUUCCUCUAUUCAAAAUGAAAACAAGGAACAACAACAAAAAAAUGAAAACAGCUUUGAGCCCCAUGAAAAACUGUGUAUUCUUUAAAAAAAAAAAAAAAAGAUUUUAUUUGUCUUAUCAAGAACGGAAACCCUGGUGGCAUAGUGGUUAAGUGCUACGGCUGCUAACCAAAAGGUUGGUAGUUUGAAUCUACCAGGCACUCCUUGGGAACUCUAUUGGGCAGUUCUACUCUGUCCUAUAGGGUCGCUACGAGUCGGAAUCAACUUGACGGCAACGGGUUUGGUUUUUGGUUGUUAAGAACAUAGGAAGUAAAACAUACACCAAUUCAACACUUUCUACAUGUUCCAUUUAGGGACACUGAUUACAUUCUCUUGAGUUGUGUAACCAUUCUCACCCUCCUUUUCUGAGUUAUUCCUUCUACAUUAACAUAAAGUCAUUGCCCCCUAAAGUGCCUAUCUAAUCUUUAGAGUUGCUUGUCACUUUGAUCCCAUAUAGAUAGAUCUUAAAAGAGCAUAAUGCUCAAAGCAAACGUUCUUUAUUAAUUAAGCUAAACUAUUGUUUGGUUUUAAGAAGACCUUAGGGGAUACUUCUGGUUUAAGAUUUAAAGAUUAUCUCAGGGCAACAGGUUCAAGGAUUUAUCCAGCCCCCAUGGCUCCAGGAAGUCUGGAGUCUAUGAAAAAUUUAAAUUCUGUUCUGUAUUUCCCCCCUUUUAAUCAGGAUACUUCUAUGAUAUCUUUGAUCAGAAUGUUCAGUAAUGGUAGCAGGGCACCAUCCAGUUCUUCUGGUCUCAAGGCAAAGGAGACAGUUGUUCACGGAGGCAGUUAGCCAUACAUUUCAUAUCUUCACCCUAUUUCUGACUCUCCUUCUUCCUCUGGAAAAACUAUUCUUUUAACUCUGCCAUUCUUUAUUCAACAAAGUAAAUGACCCAAGAAAAAACUGACAGUGCUUUUCAUCGCUAUUUGACCAUAUGAGCAGUAACAACAGGGAGGCAGUUUGCGAAAAGAAUGGGCCACAUGGCAAACCCGGGUAGGCCCUCAUGUCGCUCAUGAAUCACUUGCUGCUCUUCCUCAUCACAAUUCAGAAAUGGCUACGAAUGGCCGGUAACAAUUCAGGACACUCUGCUGGCAGUUAUGAGCUCACUAUACUUCUGCAAAGCUUUACAGCUCCCUCCCCGCCAGCCCUGAGGAGUGCACAGCAUUAGCUUAGGCUUAAAAAAAAGGAGUGGGGGGACAGAAAAAACAAGAUAUAUAUUAAUCUUCACAAAUGAGAAAGGGAAAUCUCUUCAUUUUAUAGAUAAAAGGACUAGGAUGAGACAGGUCAGACAACGUUCCCUGCGUCACACAGCCAGAAACGGGCAGAGCCAGAACGCAGGCAUGUUGUAUAGCAAGGUCCUUUUGGUAAGAACAGGGGCAUCACUGAACCUAGAAAGCCUAGCAAUCCCUCCAGGCAAUACUCUACUGCUAAGACCCCAUCUCUGCUAGACUACUCCAGUCCAUAAGAGAAGUUAUAAAAAACCUCACCCCUCCCCACCAUUUUCAUAGAACUUGCUUUUAUAUUUAGCAUGGCACCUGUUAUGGGGUCCACCUUAUGUUCUAGGCAACUCAGUACGUGUUUGUCUUCUCCCAGCACCAUACUGGGGUAUGACUGAGAGCAGCACUGAGCAAGACAGCUUUCUGUGAUGAUGGAAAUGCUAUAUACAUCUGUAUUGUCCAUUAUAGCAGCUACUAGCCACAUGUGGCUAUUGAGCCCCCGAAAUGUGACUCGUGACUUGUAUUUAAUUUUAAUUAAAUUUAGUCACACGUGGCUAGUGACUUCUGUACUGGACUUGGUACUUAGGGAAUAGUAUGGCAUGAGGUAAAGUCUUUGGGAUUUGACAGACCUGGGUCAGAUCCUAGGUCUGUCAUUUACUAGCUAUGUAACCUUUAACAAGUUACGUAGUUAACUGCUCUGAGUCUCAGUUUAUACAUCUAUAAAACGGGAAUACUAUUUACCUCGCAGUGUUUUAGGUUUAUGAGUGUGUAUGUUUACAUACUUAAAUAUACACUACAUACAUACACACACAUUUAAGUGUAUGAUCUGUACUGAGCCCGGCACUUGAACUUGGUACAGUUCAUCAAAAUCAUUAAACUUGUUUAUUGUGUAAAUUAACACUGGAAAAUACUGUCACAAAGAAUACUGGUACCAUUAUGCUAAAUCACACUAUACAGUCAGCUCGCUGCUUCCUCAAAAAAAUGGCUAAAAUACUAAACCUCUCAUUCAUAUAGAGUCCUGGUGGCAUAGUGGUUAAGAGCUAUGGCUGCUAACCAAAAGGUCGGCAGUUCGAAUCCACCAACUGCUCCUUGAAACCCUGUGGGCAGUUCUACUCUAUCCUACAGGGCCGUUAUGAGUCGGAAUUGACUUGAAGGCAAUGGGUUUAGUCUGGUUUUCUCAUUAAUAUAAGAAAUAUUUUGUAAACCUGGAAAGACUGCCCCACAAUGCUUCACAGUACUUAGGAAGUAGUAAGUAUUUACAUUCUCUCCCACUUCCCCUCUUGUACCAGAAACUCUUAGAGAAAUACAAGUGUCCUCUUUCCUUCUUCUACCCUGUUAGUAGGGCAAACAUGAAGCUGAGCUAGAGGGUGUGAACUAUGGAGAAAUUGUUUCCACCUUCCUUAACAGGUUCACCAUGCAGAAUAACAGCACACAGCAACGGACCACCUAUCGAUCCUCUUCCACUUCUACACACAGCUCUGCAUAAUUCAAAAACCAAAAACCAAACCCAUCGUGCCGUGUGUCAAACUAACUAGGGCUCAGGAAAAACAAAUCACCAUCAAGGUAACAGACGCUAACUAUUCUCAAGAGUUUCUGGUAUACCUUCUUUAAAAGUGAAAACAAGGCUUACCCGUUUGUGUUGCCUUGCAAGUUUUUCUUUAGCUUCUUCUAGCUCUUUCUGGAUCUUCAGAACAUGUUUGCUCAUCUUACGAAUUGUGGAGUGCAAGAUUUCCCAAACAAACAAUCU